AAUGCUAACAGAAUGCUCAGAUAUAAUGACAUCACUAAGGAAUCUAACGACACUAAAAAUAAAGUAUUGUAAUUUGACUAAACUACCAGAUUUUUCUACGUUUUCUACGAAAACACCAAUAAAGUUAGACUUUAGUGGUAAUCCGAUACGAGUGUUGAAAUCAGAUAGUUUUAGAUCAACAUUAAACCAAACUACUGUCAUCGGAGAAUUAAAUCUUAAUGGUAAUCCAAGAUUGAAUUUUUUACAUGAUUUAGCAUUUCAAAAUGUAAAAGGAUUGAUAAAAUUGGAUUUAUCGUCAACAUCAAUUGUAAAAUUGCCAACAAGUGGUUUAGGCCAUCUUGAGUACUUGAAUUUGGAAAAUGUAUCAACUUUAAAAAAAUUUCCGCCCGUUGGAAAAUUUCCUAAAUUGAAAGUGACAAAGCUUACUUAUUCCUACCAUUGCUGCGCAUUUAAAAAGCCAAAAUUACAAUAUCCACUUUGGGAUUGGUCGAAAUUUGAUAGAGAAUUUAAUAACAAAUGUGUAGAAGCAAAUUUAAAGAAAGAAACUUCAAAAGGUGGAUGGGAUGUUAUGCCUCUACCGAGUACCCAUAUUAUUAAUCAAUCAACAAUAUGCGGUUCGGGAGAAAUCAUUAAAUUCCUACAGAAUGUUUCUUGUACACCGGCGCCAGAUGCAUUUAAUCCCUGUGAAGGUGUUCUUGGUUCUGAGUGGUUAAGAGUAGUCGUUUGGUUUGCUAUCCUGUUAGCUGUGAUUGGUAAUAGUGUAGUACUGAUAGUUAAUAUCUGUACACUGAAAACAGGUUUAAGAGUUUCCAAAUUUCUCAUCUCUCAUCUAUCAAUUGCUGAUUUAAGCUUAGGGAUAUAUUUGUUAUGUUUAGCUAGUAUUGACCAUAGCACUAGAGGUGUUUAUUUCAAUUAUGCAAUUAGAUGGCAAGAUGGUCCAGGUUGUCAAGCUGCAGGAUUUUUAGCCGUUCUAGCGGCGAAUGUUUCAACCUCAGCUCUGGUUUUACUUACAAUUGAGAGAUGGUACACUAUUGCUUACGCGGUGAGAUUAACGAAAAGAAUUUCAUUAAAGAGAGCCGCUAUCGCUAUGCUAUUGGCUUGGAUAUAUAGCGUCUCUAUAGCAACGCUACCCUUGUCAGGCGUUAGCACGUACGGUAAGACAUCUGUUUGUCUGCCAAUGGACGUAUCUAAUUCGCAGGCGCAAAUCUACGUCUUUAUCCUCCUACUUCUUCAAAUUAUUGGUUUUAUCAUAAUCGCUACUGCUUAUAUUGAUAUAUUUCGUCGUGCGAGAGGAGGACAAGCAAGUGGAAGUCCGGUAGAUGCAAAAGUUGCUAAGAGAAUGGCACCGCUGGUCCUUACGGAUCUUGUAUGCGUUGUUCCUGUUGCCUUUCUGGGUUUAACUGCAGCCGCAGGCUAUCCUCUCGUAGAUGUUAGCCAGAGCAAAGUCGUUGUAGUGACUUUUUUCCCUUUAAACGCCUGUGCUAAUCCGCUCAUUUACGCAUUGUUAACAUCGCAAUUUAAAAAAGACUUGUUGGCAACAUUAGCAAAAUGUGGAAUUUGUAAGGAUCGCUAUCAGAGAGUGCGAGCAACAGCUCACGGUCAUAUACCAACAUCGGGCAACUCUGUUGGUUCCCGUCGAAAUUCUAACAACAUUCCAGCCACCUGCCUUCUAUCCUCAAGAAGAUCGAGUCAAAUAAGAAUAAACCGAUUAUCGGAGAAUAUGCGAAGAAAAAGCACAGAUAUCAACGAAUUCAGAGGAAUUCCGUGCGAUUCCAGAAAAGGAAGCAGUUCCACGUACUCCGGCUGUUUAUAGAAUUUCUAGUUAGCGAGAACUAUACAAUAUUUAAUUUUAAAUUACAAUCUUAUUUAGAUUCCGCAGAAUUAGUAUAUUACAUUUACUGAAUAUUUAAAUCUGUUAUUCUCUUUAUAAUCAGUAUUAUAGAAGAUUAUUAUUUGUUGUGAAAGUGUCUUGAAAAAUUGAGAUUGCGAAAUUACUUGCAUUAAUUAAAAGUUGUUUGCUUUCGUUGUGUGAUUUAAGAUAUUACACGAUACAUUUCUUUAAAUUUCGUAAAAUUAACCAAUAAAAUUCAUA